AUGACCGCGUUGGCUGUUGUGUUGGGAGGAGGAAUUAGUGGUUUAUCGUCUGCAUAUUACCUGGCGAGAUCACAGGCUCUCAGGUUUGGGAAGGUGGUUGUUGUUGAAAGUAGUCAUCGCACUGGUGGUUGGGUAAAUACAACCGUUUCUGAAGAUGGAGCUAUAUUUGAACAUGGUCCACGCAGCUUGAGGACAGCAGGAGCUGUCGGAAAGAAUACUUUAGAACUAAUGCACCAAUUACCAUCUGGUUUGAAGUCUGUUCUAUUCACUCAAGCACCUUUCACUAAACCAUUUAUAUCAUACAUAAUGAAAGAGCCAUUUGUAAAAACAGAAAUUGAAGAAGACGAGAGUGUUCAUGAUUUUAUUAGAAAACGACUAGGGAAUGAGAUAGCUGAUUAUGUGAUGGAUCCUCUAUGUAUUGGUAUUUUUGCUGGUGAUGCUCGAAAGUUGAGUGCUAAAUCUUGUUUUCCCGCAAUAUUUGAUCCAGCAAGGCAACGUGGCUCAUUAAUUAAAGGACUCUUCCUACAAGGAAAAGAAGCCAAGUCUGAGAGCAACUGUGCAUUAGUGAAGCAAGCCAAGAAAGAGAGAUGGCCCGUAUGGACAUUGCAGGGAGGACUGCAGACACUGACAGACAAAUUAACUGACACUCUUAUGACACAGCAUGGUGUUGAGAUUAUCAAACAAAACCAGUGUAAACAAUUAGAGUUUACAGAUAAUAAUACAAUUAAGGUUACAACCAAAGACAACUGCUACACAGCAGACCAUGUCAUCAGUGCAGUACCUGCUACAGUUUUAUCGGGAUUACUUCCUUCUAACCAUAAUAUUUUAUCAAAGCUUUUACAAGAAAUUCAACAAGUGUCAGUUGCUGUCAUAAAUCUGGAAUUUGAAGGCAAUGUAUUACCAACAGAUGGUUUUGGUUAUCUAAUUCCGUCUUGGGAGAAGAGCAAACUACUUGGUGUUAUAUAUGAUUCGUGUACAUUCCCACAACACAAUAGACCUGGUAGUCCAACGACACGACUCACAUGCAUGAUGGGAGGUCAUUGGUUCGAAGACAACUUUGGUGACCCUGCAAUUGCUGAUCCCGAACAUCUCCUGGCGGUCGCCAUGGAAAGCUUAAAAGAACAAAUCAAUAUUGAGGCUAAGCCUACACGGUCCAUUGUUAACAUACACAAAGAUGCUAUACCACAGUACCGUGUUGGACACUUCAAAAUAGUUGACAAAAUAAACAAAUAUCUUGAUCAUCAUAACAUGCCAUUAGAUGUCAUAGGAUCAUCUUUCUGUGGAGUCAGUGUCAAUGAUUGUAUCUACAAUGGCAGGAGAACUGCUGAGAAGCUAUUGACGUAAUGUUUUUACCAUCAUUGUUAAGUUUCACCACCUUGCACAAACUAAUGUGAAAAUCAUUCUGUUGUUUACAUCUGCAGUGAUUAACAUUUUUAUUCAAAUUAUAUACUGGUAAAUUUAUAAAUUUUGUUUUAACUUUUUCAUUGCCAUUACUUAAUCAAUAAACUGUAGUAUUUUGAGUACAUUAUAA